AUGGAGAUCUUUUCUGUGCCAUUUUACGGGAGCUUGAAGAGGUAUAUGAGGAGAAGAAGAUACCAACGACUCGACGGAACGGUCACCGGCAGGAAGAACAUGAAAAUCGUGAGGUUCGGAGGGAACGCUAGGAGGGUUUGGAAGAUAAGGGCGAUACCAAAGUUGCGACUGAAGAUUUGUUCGCCAGCCAAGAUUUUGGUAAGGCUGAGAGAAGCUUAUAUGGAUAUGAUGCUCAAGUUGGCUGGCAACGUUGGGUACCUGAACAAUAAUAGCAUCUUUGGAAGCAAGAGAAUUCCAAAGGCUCGGGAGGUGAAAACAGUUUCUUCGAAUGAAGAAUUUGAGAUGAGGCUGGUUUUAGAAAUCUACAAGUCUCUCUUAGCUUCUCGUCAAUUAGCUGCCUAUUGA